AUGAAAAGGAGAAUUUCAUGGAGAGAUUCCCCCGAGGAUGUUGUUGACUACGACAGAGAAGAGGUUGUCCGGAGGAUGCUCAAGUGUCUUGGUGUUGAAGACGAAGAGAUGGACUUUACAGGCAAACAUCGAGGUCUUCCAGGGUUCUUAAAAGCUGCAGCUCUGAUCGCCAAACAUAAACAAGAAUUCGCGAUUUUAUUUUUGCAACUUUCACUGAUAUGUGAGGAACAAGGCAACCCCGUGCGAGAGCAUUCUAGUUCUCUAAGAUCUUGUCUGGUUCCUCGGAAAGACAACAAGUUGGAGAAUGAGGCGGAGUCGUCCCAUGGCAAGAAUAAUUCCAAUUCGCGAACAACCUCAUCCUCGAAAUCAGGCAACUCUAAACCCAUCAUGGCUCAUGUGGUGUUCAAUUUGAAUGAUGUCUUUCUACAGCUUAAGCGCGAAUGGUUUACCGAGACGAAGCAUGUGAACAUUCUUUACUUGGGAAGAUGGGAGAGCACAAGCGAGAAGCAUAUUGAGGUGGAGGAACCUAAAGAUUUAGAAGGCCUGGCUAACUUAAAGUACGUAAAAUUCCUGAGCUUGCAAGGAAUUUCAGGGAUAACAGGGAUCCCCAAGUCUAUUUCAAAGCUGUGGAACCUUAGUGUCCUAGAUCUCAGAGCUUGCCACAGUCUUGAGGUGAUCCCACAGGGCAUUGGUUCACUUCAUAAUUUGACACACUUGGACUUAUUGGAGUGUUACUUGCUCAGUGGCAUGCCAAAAGGUCUCACGGAACUAACAAAUCUUGUGGUGCUCAAGGGAUUUGAAGUUCAAGCUUCAACAGAAAAAUCACUCUCAUGCACUCUGAAGGAUUUGUCGGCCAUGACAAAGUUACGUAAAUUAAGUAUUCAUGCAGAAAUCGAGGAUUUUCCAAGAUGCAGUGACUUGGACGUGCUGGCGAAAUUCAAACAACUCCGCAUCCUUACUAUAGAAUGGGGAGGAAAUUUGUUUCGGAAUCCAGACUCCGGUACUGUGUCCACCGUUCCAAAACCUGGCAUGCGGGGAAUCACAAGAACAAUGACUAGUACUUUUACCCGGAGAAAGGUGGAUGAGGAUGUCUCACAGCCAAGUGGUAUUCUGUUAAAAUUGGAGAAGUUGGACCUUAAAUGUUAUCCUAGGCGAAGUGCUUCGACUUGGCUAAAACCUGAGAAUUUGAAGGAGCUCAAUAGACUGUACAUCAGAGGAGGGGAACUUCGCGAUUUGGGUCAAUUCGAGUUUGAAAAGGUUCCAACACCUUGGAAUAACGUGAAAACACUGCGUCUCAAGUACUUGACAGAAAUGGAGAUGGACUGGACGGAAUUUCGAGAAUUGUUCCCUGAGGUGAAAUAUCUGGAGAAAGUGAAAUGUCCAAAGCUCACUAUGUUCCCAUGCAAUGCCCAUGGAGUUUGGAAGGACAAGAAGAUUACAUUUUAA